CAAGGGUACAAACAAGUUUUGCUCACACUUAAAGCAAAAGCACCAGCUGAAACAGCUUCUUUGGAGAAAACCUGAGAAGUCAUCAACUCCUUGCAAAGAAGGUCUGUGAGUACCUAAGCUCCAGAGCCUCUUGACAUGAUCAUGGCUGACCUUCAGGACAACACUCUGAGGAUUGUUCUGGUGGGGAAAACCGGCAGUGGGAAAAGUGGGACAGCAAACACCAUCCUUGGGAGAACAGAAUUUGAGUCUAAAAUUGCCGCCCAUGCUGUUACCAAGAGCUGUCAGAAAGCAUCACAGCGGUGGAAGGGGAGACAUCUUCUUGUUGUUGACACCCCAGGUCUCUUCGACACUAAAGAGACACUAGAGAUGACCUGUAUGGAAAUCAGCCGCUGUGUCGUCGCCUCGUGCCCUGGGCCUCACGCCAUUGUCCUGGUGGUGCGGCUGGGCCGCUUCACGGAAGAAGAGCGGAAAACUGUUGCCCUGGUCAAGGCCGUCUUCGGGAAGAAAGCCAUGAAGCACAUGAUCGUCUUGUUCACUGGUAAAGACGGAUUAGACGACCAGAGCCUGGAAGGCUUUGUAAGCGAAUCAGACGAGGACCUAAGAAACCUCGUCAAAGAGUGUGGGGACCGCUGCUGUGCCUUCAAUAACAGAAGCAAAGACGAAGCUGAGAAGGAAGCUCAAGUGCAGGAGCUGGUGGAGAUGAUAGAUACAAUGGUGAAGGGCAACGGAGGGGCUUACUUUUCUGAUGACAUUUACAAGGACACAGAGGAAAGGCUGCAACGUCAGGAAGAGGUCUUGAAGAAAAUCUAUGCUGAUGAAUUAGAGAAGGAACUUCUACUAGUAGAGAAGGAUUAUGCUGAUAAACCAAAGGAAGAAAAGGAGAAAAAAAUAAAACAGCUAAGGAUGAAAUAUCACGAACAAAUAAAAAACAUAAGAAAAGAAGCUGAAAAGAAUGUAUUUGCAGAGGUUUUAGACAGGAUGUUAAAGAUGAUUUCAAAAAUAUGGGAUAUGUUUUGGAAGUAACGUAAAUCUUAUUUCUUCGUCUUAGUUUACAAUGAUUUGUUAAUGAGGUAGAUUGUCUUUUCCAAAGUUAGUUAUAACAAUAUCUUCGAUUGUCUUUUCUAAAGAUGACUACAACAGUGUCUUCUGUUCUAUGUAUUCUUCUUACAAUCUGAGCUUGUUACUCGUUCUGUUGAGUCCUGGGAUCUGUGUCCCCUACCUAGAAAUUGGAUGGACUUUGUGACUGCUUCGAUGAAUCGUGGAUGGUUGAAGUGACACCGUGUGACUUGUACAGUUAGAUAGGGACGAUGCCGCCUUGCUUUUUUGGGAUGCUUGCCCUUGGAACUUGACCACCAUGUUGUGAGGAAGCCCAAGUUGCCCAUUGAGAGGCCACAUGAAGAGGACAUGAAGUCACGAGCCCACUUCCCUGGCUGGUCUGUCCUCCUCCAGGCAGAACCAACAUGCCAGCCGUGCGAGGCAGGCAACUCAGAAACAGAUUCCCCAGCUGCCAACUGAGCCCCCUCCCAUGAAGCUGCAAAGAGCCAAAAGGAGCCAUCUCCACCAUGUCCUGUCAAAUCGCCAAUUCCUGAGAAAGAGAAAUAAUGGCUGUUGUUUUAAACCGCUAAACUUUGGGAUCGUUUGUUAUGCCAGCUCUCUCCCCAUUUCCACCUGUCCCCCCACAUGAUGCCACAGAUUUAAGAAGUUACAAAAUUGGCAUAAUCGGGCAAUAAUAUAUUCUGUACAGUUCAAAGACUCAAUUUAGGACAAUUCAGAUAAGAAAUCCCACACACGUCAGGCGUUAGCACCACUGGUGACGCAUGUUGUUUCAGUCCAUGGCUGUAGUGCUUCAGUAGUGAAGCACCAGUAAGACGGUUCUGUGGGUCAUGGGGCCUGGAAGUUGAGAGAUUCUCUUAUUGUUUUUCUCUCUCUUUUUUAAAGUGCCAUCCUAACUUAAAAUGUCCCUGACUGUAACUUACAAAUCUCUUCUGUGCCAAAUAGUUUUCAUUUGCCUCUGCACAUCCACACCUCACCCUUCACCCAGCUCUCUGCCCAAAGAGGCUGACCCAUGUGGACUCCACCAGUGGCAUCUCUUGCUCUUUGGCUUCUGUUUGGCUUCUGCCACUGGGAAGCCCAAGCAGUAGAUCUCUGGGGGUAGAAAACCAAAGAUGGGGUAUGUGUCUGCCUGCCUCUCUCCCUGCAGGGCAUCUGUGACUAGCUGCAACCCUAAGCCGAAGUGUCACAGUCCCCACCUGGGGGUCUCUCUCUCCAACUCUCCUUCUGGGUUCCAGUUCUCAUUCACCCCCUUAGGAUUAGGGUGUCAUUUCUUCACUGCUGCUAACACUCUCCCUUGUGGUUUCCAUACCCUGUAUCCACAGCUUGUAGGAAGCCCCUGCACUAGACUUUCCCCCAAGCACCUAAUUAGAGUGGGCCAUCCCUACUGCUAGAAACCUGACUGAUAUAUCUUAAUGAUACCUACUUUCUGUUCUCUUUUAGACAUUCCCUGAUCUUUCUUAUUGUUUUUUUCCCCCAACUCCAUCUACUAUUUUCUGACACCUGAAAAAUCUCUCCUGACAGCGGAAAUCUAUGUCACUAAGCAGAAUGUUUUGUGUUCCUAUUCUAUGAGUCUGCUAAUGUAUCAUCCUUACUAAAUCACGGGAGGACACAAGUCAACAUCUUGAGUGAUCCCAUCCCCCGCCCAGAGAGCUUGCUAAGUCAAUGUUUCAGGUCAUGGCAUUUUAGGUGGAAAAAGUGGUCCCUGGUUUUGGGAAUUGUUGUCUUAACCUGUGUUUUCUCUUGCAUAUGCCAGUAUUGUGGAUGUGGCUCGUGCACCCAGAGAGCCACCAAAGGAGCCACCUCCAUCCUGGUGAAUUCCCUUGCUGAUGGCUCAGGGCACACUGUGGAAGAUGGGGGCAUCUGAAAAUUUAAGAGCCGGUCACCAGGGGUGGAGUGUUGGUGUUCGAUGGGAUAAGGGUUUCAUGGUCUGGGCAGUUCUUCCUCAAUGCAAACAUGCAGCACAAUAUUUGCAGACGCAGCUCUCAGGGGAUGAGCUUGACCUGAACAGUGACAGGUAAGCCUGGCCAGUUACAAAGAAGAAAUCAACAUAUAACUAACCAGAUAGUGUAUAUAGAAGCGAUGGCUAAGCCUCCCUUCAGAGAGGCAGAGCUUUAGAAAUUAUUCCUUGUUUCCUUUAUUUGUCACCAGUAAAAAUAAAAUCUUUUAAUCCGA